UUUAGGACCAUGAAGGCAGCCGCCCAGACACAGGACAGAUUCUGUUUACUUGUUUUUCCUCACCGGAAAGUUACAAAUACGUAAUUAAGUAUUAAUUAUCACAACCUACAACCACCGAAGGUACUCGACAUGGAGCUAUAAUGUCAAUUACAUGUCCAGCAGCAACUCUUCGGAGCAGCGGAGUUUUCUUUUGCCAGACUGGAAUAACACUCACACCGUGAUAGAGACGGACAGAGAAGGCUCUACAGACACCAUGUCCACCAGUCAACCCGGCAAGCAGGAGAGGAAAGGCAGUUUCUUCAAGCUGAUCGACUCAUUUGCCUCGGAAAUUGGCACAUUGAAGAAGGAAAUGGGAAAGAAGACUGAGCCUGCAGAAGGAGACCACAAUACAGAUACACUCCUUGGACUGGGUGAAGAGGUGGGAGGUCUCUUCCUGCAGGCUUCCCCCUGUGCUGGGAUGGGAGCGGGGCUGGCCAGAGCCAGAGAUUCGGGCUACGAUUCCCUGCAUCGGCGGCUCAGUGUUCUGGACAGACUGGUGCAGACGCAUGCUGUGUGGCUCCAGCUGGGCCUCAGCCACCAGGAUGCCAUACAUAUACUGCAGAGCCAACCCACUGGGACAUUCGUGGUGAGGAAGUCAACUAGCCUGCAGAGGAAAGUAAUAUCUCUACGCAUGGACAAAGAAUCUGCAGUUCCUGUCAAAGACUUCCCUGUCAAAGAGAGCCAGUACACUUUCUCUUUGGUGGGAUCAGGCCUGAGCUUUGCAGACCUUUUCCGUCUGGUGGCUUUCUGCUGCAUCAGCAGGGAUGUGCUGCCCUUCACUCUGAAGCUUCCAGAAGCCAUCGCUUCAGCCAGAACGUCUGCUGAUCUCGAGGAGGUUGCUAAACUUGGAGCAGGCUUCUGGGACGCUCAGUGUUGCCACAGGAGGAAGGACUCUGUCUCCUUGUCUGGAAUAGCUGCUCCCGAGAGACCACCUCCCCCUGCCCAGAGACCAGUCUCUUCGGCCACCAACCCAGGGCGCCCUCGGCUUCUAACCCGCACCCCAUCAGAGCUUGAGUGUUGCCAGCCUAACGGAGCACUUUGCUUCAUCAACCCCCUCUUCAUAAAGGUUCACCAACCAGAUGGUGACCACAGCACCGCUUCAAAUCCCUCUGGUACAGCAAAGCAAGGCCUGAGGGAGGAAACUGUCAGCGACAGCCUAGAAACCAACAACACGGACACUCAACACCCUUGCAGUCAUCAGGUCUGUAGUUCAGAGAAAAGUGACAGCAGCCAGUUCGCUCAAAGCAACCUUCAGAGCCUCGACAGAAACACAGGGUUACCGGACAUUGACAGCCAAACCAGCAUCAGCAGCAGCCAGAAGCUAAGCCCUGCAGACAGCGUGCCGCGCUCCCCACCUCCACGUCCACCCCCGCCUCGCAUUGUGCUGCAACGCUCAGCCCCUCCUCUCCAACAGCGCAGUAUGCCGGAGAAGAUCGCCUGGAUCAACGUCCCCAACGAGAAGAUGGAGGAAAGGGAGAGGGAGAGGGGCAGCCUCCUUUCUCGUCUGGGCUCCUCGCUAAGCAUCAGCCCCUCGUCCUCCCCUCCCAAGAGAUUUAGCAUCAGCUCCCCCAUAUCCAUCCCCUUGCCCUCCCUGCCCAUCUCUCUAUCAUCUCUCUCUUCCUCUCCACGCCGGGCCAAGGCCUCCCCAUCAUCCAGCCAGGAAGAUGCCCAGUGCCACCUGGCGCUGGAGGACCAAACUAUAGAGAAGGCCCUCAUUAGGGCCGGACUGUCUCGGUGUAAUGCUACCAGAACCUCCACCCAGGACUCCAGUAGUCCUCCAGACCCUUCGCUGAUGACAUCAAGCAAGGAGGCAGAUGAGACAGGAGGAGAGGAAGAAGAAGUAGGCGAGGAAUGCAGUGGCUGCGGCCAGCGGCUGAGCGACAUGAGCCUUUCCACAGAUUCCUCAGACUCUCUGGAUUUCUCUCAGUCCUCGGCCUUCUUCCUUCCCCCUCUGCAUGACCCCAGCCCCCCCACGGUGGCAGACUUUAACACCCACCUCCCCCUCUCCCUCCCACCGUCCCAGCUGCCUUACUGCAGCAUGGAGGACGACGAUGACGAGGAAGACGAGGAAGAAGAGGAGCCCGACUAUGGCGUCAGUCUGGAGAGCGACCAGGACCAAGAUCAGGACCUGACCAUGGUACCGCCGGGCCACCGCACAAAGCGCCGCCCCAGCGCCAGCGCUCUGGUCCUGCAGAAGGCCCUGCGAGGGCAUCUGCGCAAGAUGAGCGGUGUUUUCAACUCGCUGCUGACGCCUGAGAAGAGGGCGAUUCGCAGGGUGCUGGAGCUGUCCCGGGAUAAAGGCUCGUACUUUGGCUGCCUGGUGCAGGACUACCUGAGCUACAUGAGCGAGGGUGCGGGCACCCAGGCCUGGCAGGGCUACGCCUCUGGACUGGAGCUGCUGCAGACUCUCCGCCAGUUCAUCACUCAGAUGAAGAGCUACCUGCGACAGAGCUCCGAGCUGGAGCCACCACUCGAGAGCCUCAUUCCUGAAGACCAGAUCGACCAAGUCCUGGAGAAAGCCAUGCACAAGUGCCUCCUGAAGAGCCUGAAACCGGUGGUGAGCGCCGCCCUGCAGGAGUUCCAGGUGCGCAGUGGCGAGUGGCAGGAGCUGAAGGAGAACCUGGCGUUGGCCAAGGCCCGGCAGCCGCAGGAAAUGGGCGUGGCCGACACACUGCCGCCGGACCCCGUGGCCAUAGAGAAGAUCAAGCACAAGUUCCACACCAUGAGUAAGCUGUACUCCCCUGAGAAGAAGGUCAGCAUGCUGCUGAGAGUUUGCAAGCUCAUCUACACCAUCAUGGAGGACAACUCAGGUCGUCUGUACGGUGCUGAUGACUUCCUGCCCAUGCUGACCUAUGUGUUGGCCCAGUGCGACAUGCCCCAGCUGGACAACGAGAUCCUUUACAUGAUGGAGCUGCUGGACCCCUCUCUGCUCCAUGGAGAAGGCGGCUACUACCUGACCAGCGCAUAUGGAGCCAUGUCCCUGAUUCGAAACUUCCAGGAGGAGCAGGCAGCCAGAGUGCUGAGCUCUGAAACCAGGAACACCCUCCACCAGUGGCACCGCCGACGCACCACCCAGCGCUCCGCCCCGUCCAUCGAUGACUUCCAGAAUUACCUGCGGGUGGCGCUGCAGGAGCUGGACAGUGGCUGUACUGCCAAGACCAUACAGGUCCGCCCGUACGCCUCAGUGGAGGAGGUGUGCCGCCUGUGCGCCCAGAAGUUCAAAGUGUCGGACCCUGAGAACUACGGCUUGUUCCUGCUGAUGGAGGGCAGCAGCCAGCAGCUGGCGCCAGACACCCACCCUCAGAAGAUCAAGGCAGAGCUCCUCAGCCGCACGCAGGCCACUCCCUUCCACUUUGUCUUCCGCCGCGUGGCCAAAAGCGACGCCUCGCCGACAGAUCCCCCCGAUCUUACACCCAACCUCAACAGCCUCACUGUGGCCGCGGACCCCCACGCCAACAUCAAUCAGCUCAGCAUAGAUAUGUCCGCCCCCUCCCGCCAGCCCACUCUCAGCUCAGGCCUCAGCCCCACUCUGAGCCUCAGUCUGCCGCCCAGUCACAUCAACAGCAACACUAUAUCUCUAUGACUGUAACAGAGGGUGACUGAAAGUUUGACCCGUUCAUUCCUAUGAGAGUUGUUCAGUGGCGCAUCCACCAAAACGUUUCUAAGCUUGCGGGUUUGCUUCCAUGAUAUGUGACCACUGACUACGCGCAAUAGUGUUUUUCUCGCUCGGCCCAUAGACUUUACAUUGUGGUGACAUCACAGGUUUUUGAAUCGCUUUUCUCGGCUCGAGGGAAGUUUUUCAAAAAUAAAAAGUCAAUGGAUUAAAAAUUCAGAAUAGAAAGAGUUAUAACCGAGCUUGUUUGCAGUGGAGGUGUCCUGGCAGCAGUUUUACACGUCUCUUUUACAAUGGUGGCCUAUGGGGGAAAUCCUUUCUGAGUCGCAGAGGGAUUUUUCGUUGCAAUCCGGCCAGUGGCCACUGGACAAAAUCAGCGGAGGGGCUGAGCGCUGUAUGUGGGGGGGCCUGGUUUAAACGGGGGCUUAUCUCUAACAGCCGGGUUCAACCGGUCUGUACAAAAUCUGACUUCUCCUUUUGGAUGGCACGUCUGUCUCAGUCAACAUCCCACUGGCUGGAAAGUUCGGUCAGACAGACACUAGUGAAAGAGGAAAGGAAGAAAGGAGGAAAGGAAAUGAAAGAGAUUGAGUUUUUUUUUUUUUUUUUUUUCCUUGGUUGGCUCUAUAUCUGGCAUCAGGGCAUCACUUUGCUGAACACAACUCUCAAAGUCUAAACACACAGUUAAGGUAGAGCUGUUGGAGAUAAUGUACUUAAAACCAAUGUUUUCACGUGCAGAUUCAGGGUCAGCUGUUCUUGUUGUUACCUUUAGGGUAAAUAGAGGGAAAUCAGAUCUCUGAUACAUGUGAAACUAAUCUUUGAUCAAUCCUUUUAAAUAUACAACAGAUGGUUUAUUUAGGUGAUAGGUGUGUAACUAUGAUUUACUUAUAUAACAGUUGCUGGUAAACUGUGUUAUUAUGUCGUUUGUGUUUUGAAACUGUUAAUCCUCCAGAUUGUUUCUAUGUUUUGAUGGGUGUGGUGACACCCACUGGUGGCUGGUGCACAUAGCAAGAGUCCCAUCUGAAACAGAACAGUGAUGGCCUCAGGUGGGAAGCAACGCAAUACACUGUCCUGCAAGGUAUACCAUGCAGCAACUAGUCUAAAACUAGUUAUUCUACUCCUCAUUAAAAGAAAAAAAAACUGUACAGACACAACCUCAACACACCAGCGGGCGUUAAAAGAGCACAGUACUCACCAUGGAUAACUUUUGAAAAAAGGAUCAAAAUCGAUGCAACAGAACCAGCAGAGAUAUAAUAAUUAGA